GUUCUGCUCAGAGAGGCUAUGGCGCUUCCUGACUGGAUGUUAACGCUAGGUGCCACCGCAUCCUUUUUGUCUUUCGUAUAUUUAUGUGUUCGCUACAGACGGACAGGACAAGCGUUUGGGGGCAGAUUUCUGAGUAAGAUAAUGGCCCGCACGGAGAAGCCGUUGUUCCGAAUCGCGUACACUCUGUACACAAGGACCAGGCUCGGCUACAUGUACUACAAGAGGCAGAUGAGGAAAGCCCGGGAACAUUACCCUGCUGGCCACUCCACAGCUCAGCCCAUGGAGAUCAAUGGUAUCAAAAUAAUUCCCAUCUCAGUUCUGUCUGACAACUACAGCUAUCUUGUAAUAGACACAGCCUCCAGUGUUGCAGUUGUUGUAGACCCUGCAGACCCGCAAACAGUUCAGGCAGUCCUUGAGCAAGAAGGAGUGGCGUUAGAGGCAAUUCUGUGUACACAUAAGCAUUGGGAUCACAGUGGGGGCAACAAAGGGUUGAAAAGGCUUCACAGCUCAUGCAGAGUUUAUGGAAAUGCAGCUGAUAACAUUCCUGGCCUCACACACCCUCUUUCCCACAAGGACUCUGUAAAGGUUGGUCGUAUGCACUUUAAGGCCCUCUUCACACCCGGACACACAGUGGGCCACAUGAUCUACCUCCUGGAUGGCCGGGCGGUCGACACCCCCUCCAGCCUCUUCUCUGGUGACCUGGUGUUCCUCUCAGGAUGUGGGAGGAUGUUUGAAGGCAACGCCACAACGAUGCUGUCAUCUCUGGAUACAGUCGCCUCCUUAAGUGAUGAUACUCUGUUAUGGCCUGGUCAUGAGUAUGCAGAGGACAACCUGCUGUUUGCUGCUGAGGUUGAGCCACGCAACACUGCCAGGGAAAACAAAUAUCAGUGGGUGCUGCAGCAGCGAGGCCAGAAGCUGUGCACGAGUCCUUCCACUAUUGGGGAAGAGAGGCAGUACAAUCCUUUCCUGCGCAGCAACACUCCAGAGCUCCAUCUGGCCCUGGGCCUCCAGCAGUUCCAGGAUGAAGACUGGACUCAGUUCAGGGCUCGGGUACUGGAGGAGCUGCGAAAACGCAAAGACCUCUACAACAGGAGAUAGUCCUGUUAGCUCAUGAACAGUGGUUCAGCAGCAGUGAUCUGCAGCAGUGGUACUGUAUCAAAGGCGAAAUCUUUUCAUAGAGACCAGUGUUGUCAGUUUAAAGGGGCAUUAAGUAAUUUUUGACCUUUUAUCUACCACUAGAAACAUAGUCACAAUGUCAUUAUUACACGAUGCUAAUUGAUAAGCCUAUUACCUCUCCACAUACAUUUGUUAUUCUAAUGUUGUGUUCAUAGACAGGACCAUGCUCAUUUUCUUUUCUCUCUAACAUGGAGACUUAAACAGUAACAUAGGUUUGCAUGAGUAGCAUUCUGUUUUUAUACUACAGGUAGGUAGAAGCAGAUUUUGGACUGUCGUGUGUGUGUGUGUGUGUGUGUGAGAGAGAGAGACACAGGGUGGUUACAGGUUUGCACACGACAUGGAUAAUUUAGCGUGUUAGGUACUGUGUUUUGGACUGCAUAGCCUGGUGUGUUUUUCAGGCAACACAUUAUUUUGAUAGCCUAUGAGACUGGCUGUAUUUGGUAUGCUGGUUCCACUUUUACAGUGCUGCUGAAGAGUAAUUAGCUUCUCUAUGGAAGAUGUGAUUUUUGGAGUAUUUGAUAUUGUUUGAUGUUGUGAUAUUAUUUUCAGCAAUAAGGGUACGGUUAAUUUAACAAAUCACAAACACUAUUUGCUGUAGGUACUCUCCUUUUAAUUACAGCACAAUGUAUGAAAAGAAAAACGAGUUUACAUGAGACUUCCAUGUGAAUUUUUGCUGAAUCUUGGAGCCAAUUUAGUUUUGAUUUAAAAGAGACCAAUGUGACCAGGCUACUAGCCUGUUUUGUUUUCUAGGGCUGCACGAUUGAUCGAAAUACAGUCAAAAUCGCAAUAUGGCUAAGUGCAAUAUCUGAAAUGCAAGAAGCUGCAAUUUCUUUCGAUAAAGGUAAGAUGUAUGACAACACAGCUUUAUAACCAAGUACUGUAGUGCUGCAAAUCCCCAGAUGCAAGAAAGCUUGUUCGUUCUCUACAGAUCCCGACACAUCAUGAUUUUACUUGUUUUUUGUGUGAAAAUUAAAAUUAUGAUGCAAAAAAUUAUCAUUCCAACUAAUCAUGUAUCAUAUCGCCAUAAUCACGAUAUGAUUUUGUUUUUUGGAUCAAGUCAUGCAGCCUUGAUUAGCAACAAGAAUUGACUUGAAUCCGACAGCCCUUCUUUGUGCCUCUCAGCAAAUGAUUUUGCUGAGCUUAUUGCCCAUGUAUCGUGUUGUAUUGUGUUGCACUUUGUGAACAUCAGCAUUUGUGAAGGAUUUAUUGCAUUGUGAUGUAUGAAACAUGACUGAGUGGCUGUUGAAGGGACGUUUUCUUUUGUUUUAGCCUGUAGAAAUAUUCAUGACUGCCAACAGCUAUAAUGAAGAUAAUACAAUGUGCAGGGUACUGUUGAAUGGAGUAAACUGUAGCCAUACACUAUGAGUUCUGACUUUUGUCUGAAACAUGUGAUAUUUAAGAUGAGUGGAGAAUAAAUUGAAAAUUUCUUUCUAAUACGAGAACGCAGUGUGACCUUGACUGUUGUUCACGCUUUAAAUUUUCAGAGGGAAUGUUUUUAUAGCCAAAUUUGAAAUCUAUGGAAAGCAAAAUUGUGCAUAUUUUUAAUAUAUUAGAGGAUUUGUUAUACUGUGACAAUACAAUGGAUGAGAAUGAUUUCAGUAUAAUAAACUGUCUUCUUCCCAUGUGCAUUUGUAUAUUUCAGUUGUUUUCUUUUGUAUGUGUUUUGAUAAAGGGCGCGUAAUGCAGCCUCUGUUUAGGUGGAGAUGGGCGAGAAUGCAAAGAACGAAACCUUUUUAAACUUUUGAGGCGAUGUGAACGCUCCUCAGAUUCCUCCGCAGCUCCUACAGAGGGGCUCGUACCAAAGCACCUUGUCCCCUGGUGAUUGUUGACUAAAAUGUUAUUCUGUUUGUUUGAUGCAGAUUUUUCGCAUCUCAUUUGCAUAUGUUUGAGUUAUGAAUACCUCCACAUGGGAGACUGUUUUACUUCAGGUUACGUUUUAAUGAGGAAAAUAUGAAAGUAAACUGCUUCAUUAGA